AUGGAGGUUGAAAUCAACGGUCCAACUCAGGGCACCCCAAAAGUUGGCGCUGGUAAGAAAGCAGCAAAGGCUGACAGACUGAAUCUUGUAGAUUCUAAGGCUAUCAACACCGGCUUUCUAGAGAUCCAGACUUGUCCGAUUGGCAUGAGUCUGAACGAGUUCAAAGACCUGGUGGCUGGAGCCUGCGAAGAGUAUGAGGUUGGAUUGAAAAAUUUGAUUCUCAAUAGUGUUUUUUCGCCCGACUUGAAGUGGAAGACCACAGUAGGACACUUCAAGGUUGUUCUUGAUGGUGCAGUUCAAUGGCAAAAUUUUGUUGAAGCCCUCAAAAAAUCAACCAGAAAAAAGGGAAUCGUUUCAAUCAAGAACAAGAAUAUGCAAGUCAGAGUGAGAGUAAGCAAUAAGGAAUCGGCUACCAAGAAACUUAUUGCUGCGACUAAUGGCACUGGGGCUGAAGAUCAGGAAUCUGAGGAAUCGAAGAACAAGCAAGAGUUAAACACUCUGGCUAACCAGAUUCUCAGCCAACAUGUGAUUGGAACGUACGCCGGAGAACCUGGUGUGAUGGCGAAGAUUGCCACCGUGCAUAUACCACCCAAUACUCCUGAAUUUCAAUAUGAAAUCAAGAAGAACCAGUGGAUCCACCCCAACAUGGGUGUGGAUGACAGGUGUAACACCCAGCCUGGUGCCUCCGCCCGACCUGAAGAAGAUCAAGUUCAAGGAAAUGAGUAUGAAAGUGACUGGUCCACCAAAGGUGAAAGCAGCAGUAUCGAGUUUGAGGUCCAAAGACCAUCCACCUCUCACACGGUUCAAUUCAAGCUCUUCCUUGCCGACUGCAACAUUGCGUUUGACGAUGUCAAAACCCGCACCAUUCUCAGAGAAGAUGGAAUGGUUUUGUGGACCAACUUGAUUCCGAGUGUGAAACUCACUGAAGCAAUUUUAACUGCCAAAGGCAUGGACCGUCAAAUUGCCAACCGCCUGAUGACCGAAGCUCAAGCCCGUUACUUGAAAUGUAAGAUAAGAGACUUUCCAUUUGGCAGUUGUCCACAUGAUGUAACUGAUUGA